UCUUUGACGCGUUCUCCGACGAAGGUCACUUCAAUGGUUUCGAAGUGACAAUAUGUCAGAUCUCCGAUGACGACGCCAAUUCUGCUCGUCUGCGCCAUGUCGUCGACUGCUUGAUAAAACACGGGUACGGACGGGGCGCUCUGUCUAGAGGCGCUCCGGACUACCACUUGAAGAAAAAGGGCGGUUUACUCGGCAAGAAGUCAGAACAAGAGCCCUUCAAGGCUUUGACGAAGAGCGUUUCGACCGCGAUUCCUCCACCGCCCCGACCAAAAACGGACUCUGGACAAGACGCUCAGCAACCAACCGGCCAAAAAUGUUCUGAAAUCAACGGCGAAGAAGACCCGACCGUGGCAAAGCCGGAAGACAUUCAGCUGUUCUUUGAGGAAUGUAUGUAUUUGCUCCAAGCCAAAAAUGCCCUUAAGGUGUAUCGAUAUGAUGGGUGCCGGUGCCAUAAACCGAUGAUUCAAAAAACAGACGCAGCGCUCUCUGAAUUCUCGACUCAAAGCUUGUGGGAAUGCUUUUGCUCUCACCAGCCAGGCUUCGCUAUACGGUAUAUGGUAUAUCACCACUACCAAAGCAAGAAAUGGGUCGUUAAACCAGGUCUGAAACUUGGCGUCGACUUUCUCUUGUAUCCACAAGGCGGCGCGAGCAGAGGACACGCUCAAUUCGGCGUGCAAAUCGUGCACCCCUCCUCCUUGAACGCCUCGAAGCACGUGGACCGGCCACUACCCUGGGUGCUAUCUAGGGUCCUCCAUCAGGUCGCGAAAAAUUUUGUCAUGGUGUCGGUUGAACCAACGCAAAAAAGCGAAUACGGCGACAGCGACGUGCUCGCGCUGCUCGCAAACCCACCCCCCUCGCUAGACCUUCUCUUUUCGAGAUUCACGCUGCUUGAACUGGGAAUAUCUAGAUUCUGCUAG